AGUGACUCCGGAUCCAGCACCGAGUCCCGGAGUGACACCGGAUCCUGAGUGACAUCGAAUCCACCGGCACCGGGUCCUGGAGCGACACCGAAUCCGGAGGUACCUGGUCCUGGGGUGACACCGGAUCCGGUGGCACCGGGUCCCGGGGUGGCACCGGGUCCUGGUCCCGGAGUGACUCCGGAUCCACUGGGUCCGGUGUGACCCCGAAUGCGGCGGCACCGGGUCCUGGAGUGACACCGAAUCCGGUGGCGUCGGAUCCGGCAUUGACACCAGUCCCGGACCCCGGAGCGACACCGGAUCCUGCGGCACCGGCUCCAAAUCCCGACUCCGGAGUGACUCCGGCUCGGUGUCCGGGGGUACCGGGGCGCCCCCCGCGAUGCCGCCCCCCUCCUGGCUGUGUGUGGCGGCGCUGCUGCUGCUGCCCCCCCCGGGCACCCCCGCCGCCCUCUGUCCCCGUCCGUGUCGCUGCCCCCGAGCGCGGUCCCUGCUCUGCCGGGAGCCCGAAACCCUCCGCAGCCUCGGACCGAUCCUGCGCGGCGGCGGCUUCAGCGACGUCACCAUCGAGAACCAGCAGGCGCUGACGACCUUGACCCGAGCUGACACCGAGAUGCUGAAGGACCUCAGGAGGCUCACCAUCUCCAGGACGGGGCUGCGGCUCAUCUCCUCUGACGCCUUCCUGGACACCCCCAAGCUGAGCCAUGUGAACCUCUCCUCCAACGCGCUGCAGAGCCUGUCUUGGAAGACCUUCCAACAUCUGCCCCUGGAAGAGCUCAUCCUGGUGGGCAAUCGCUUCAACUGCUCCUGCGAUCUCCGCUGGCUGCAGCUCUGGCAGAACGGGAGCCGAGCCGCGCUGGGCAACCAGACGCUGGACUGCUGGGAGGGCAACGUCCCGGUCCCCUUGGGCAACCGGGCUCUCCAGGGCUGUGAGCUCCCGAGCAUCCGCAUCGAGCACCCCGAGGUGGUUCUGCGCCAAGGGGACAACGUCAACCUCACCUGCCUCAUCGCCGCCGAGCCGCCGGCCAGCGGGGAGUGGGUCCUCCCGGACGUCGGAGCUGAGCUGCAUGUGGUCACCAAGCUCUCCAAUUGGGAGAUCGUCUUGGAGCUCAUCAACAUCUCCUCCAAGCUCAACCAUAAAGACCUGACUUGCCGGGCAGAGAAUGCGGUGGGGCCGGCGGAGGACAGCGUGACAUUGAAUGUCACCUUCCCUCCCGUGAUCGUCCUCCUGCAGGAAGCCAUCUCCCAGCACGUCUGGUGCAUCCCCUUCUCGGUGGACGGCAACCCCGUCCCCACCAUCCGUUGGCUCUUCAACGGCACCGCCUUGACCGAGGGACGCUACAUCCACACCAGCAUUAUGGAGUACGAGCAAAACUCCACCGUCCUCCAUGGUUGCCUCCAACUCAACCGUCCCACCCACGUCAACAACGGCAACUACACCCUCUUGGUCCACAAUGCUUUGGGCUCGGCCGCCCGCAGCGUCCAAGGGGUCUUCAUGAAGAACCCCUUCAGCUUCAACCCUGAGGAACCCAUCCCUGUGUCUCUGUCUCCACUGGGCACCAGGAACAGUUCGCUGGAGGGGCCUGUGGAGACCACCGAGGAGCACACCUUUGGGGUCUCGGUGGCCGUGGCACUGGCCAUCUUCGCCUGCCUCUUCCUCUCCGUCAUGCUCAUCGUGCUCAACAAGUGCGGGCGACGCUCCAAGUUCGGCAUUAACCGCUCGGUGGUGCUGGCCCAGGAGGACGACUUGGCCGUGUCCUUGCACUUCAUGAACCUGAGCCCCGUCUCCUCGGCCGAGAGCAAACUGGAAGGGUUGAAGAGCAACUUCAUCGAGAACCCUCAGUACUUCUGCGAUGCCUGUGUCCACCACGUGCAGAGACGGGACAUCGUGCUCAAGUGGGAGCUGGGAGAAGGUGCUUUUGGGAAGGUCUUCUUGGCUGAGUGCUACAACCUCCUCCCAGAGCAGGAGAAGAUGCUGGUGGCCGUGAAGGCGCUGAAGGAGGUGACGGAAAGCGCCCGCUUGGAUUUCCACCGCGAAGCUGAGCUGCUGACGGUGCUGCAGCACGAACACAUCGUCAAGUUCUACGGUGUCUGCACGGAAGGUGAACCCCUCAUCAUGGUCUUCGAGUACAUGAAACACGGCGACCUCAACCGCUUCCUCAGGUCCCACGGCCCCGACGCCAAGAUCCUGGACCAGGGGCAGGGGCAGCCCUGCGGGCAGCUGGCGCUCAGCCACAUGCUGCAGAUCGCCACGCAGAUCGCCUCGGGCAUGGUCUACCUGGCUUCCCUCCAUUUCGUCCACCGCGACUUGGCCACUCGCAAUUGCCUGGUGGGACACGACCUGGUAGUGAAGAUCGGGGAUUUCGGGAUGUCCCGGGAUAUCUACAGCACCGAUUAUUAUCGGGUGGGGGGCAGGACCAUGCUGCCCAUCCGUUGGAUGCCCCCGGAGAGCAUCCUCUACCGUAAAUUCACCACCGAGAGUGAUAUCUGGAGCUUCGGUGUGGUGCUCUGGGAGAUCUUCACCUACGGGAAGCAGCCCUGGUACCAGCUCUCCAACACCGAGGCGAUCGAGUGCAUCACGCAGGGACGAGAGCUGGAACAGCCUCGGACGUGUCCCUCUGAGGUUUAUGCCAUCAUGCAGAGCUGUUGGCAGAGGGAACCCCAGCAGCGCCGACCCAUCAAGGAGAUCCACAGCUGCCUCCAGGCCCUCGUUAAGACCCCCCCCGUCUACCUGGACAUCCUGGGCUGAGCAGGGACCCCAACCCACCUUCCUGCUGCCCCCCUGUCCUGCCUCAUACCAUGGGGACACGGCUCUCCCCAACUUUAUGGAGCUCCUUGGACCAAUGCCUUCAUGAAGGAUGGGGGCUGGAAGCUUAUUUAUAGUGGAAAACACCAGCCCCCCCCUUCUCUGAGAGCUGUGUGGCUGUUUGGGGGGGCUGUGCCCCCCACGGUUGUGGCCGUGAUGUCUAACUCCUCGGCGUUUCGCAGCGUGUUGGGUUGGAGAUGCUUGGCUGAUGUGGGUUUGCUCCUGAGGGGGCAGAGCCAAGAGCCCCCCAACACUGGGUUGGUGCUGGUGCGGGAGCCGUGGGGCUCUCUGGGGGGGGUUUGGGGGCUCCCCAUGGCUUGGCUGCUCCAUCAUCCCCCGUUCCCAGCCAGG